CCCGCCCUGAGGCGCGGUUCUCGUUCCAUCCCGUCCCGUCCCGCUCUGGGCGCUCCCGCCGGGCGGCAUGAGGCGGCUGUCCCCGCGCUGGGGGGCUCUGGCGGUGCGGGCGGCGGCGACGGGCGGGCGGUGGGGGCCGCUCGUUCCCCGCCGCGGCUGCGCUGAGGCCGGCGGCCGUCAGCCCGUCGAGGAGUGGUCGCUGGCGGUGAGCCCGCGCGGGCGGCUGCGCGUGCGCCUGCCUUGCCAGGUGAGCGUCCGCCCGCUCGACCCGCGGCGCUGCCCGCGCGGGGACCGCGUGCUCGUGGCGGCGGGGGGCGGCGACCCCGCCCGCCUCCGUGUCGAGUACGACCAAGACAGGGAGCAGGUGGCGAUCGUCGGGGACGGCGUGGACAGCAAAGCCGCCGUGGACGUCAGGACGCCCGUGAAGUUCGAUUUGGAUAUCAAAACAUCAGGGACUGGCUGCGUGAAGAUUCAGAAAAUAGAAUGUGAUAACUGCAGAAUAGAAACGGAGAAGGGGACUAGUGUCUUGCAGUCAAUAAAGAGCCAGAAGAUUGAUAUACGAACAAAUGGUGGCAAAGUAAUUGGGCUUGGAACGCUUUAUGGAAACACAGAUAUUCAUGCAACAGAGAAAGGUAGCGUGAAUAUAGAGAAGCUGCAGGGGACCUCCAUCAACAUAUCUACUGAGUAUGGGCUGUUGAAAACUAAGUAUCUCUAUGCAGAAACAUCAUCGCUGUCUUCAGAAGCUGGUGAUAUUCUGUUGGGAAGUAUUCAUGGUAACACCAACCUUCAGACCAAAACAGGGAGUAUCACAGUAGAUGCAUCAGAUGGAAGUCUAAAGGCUUCUACACAUCAUGGAUCAAUAGAUGUUUAUGUCAGUCAAUUAAGAAAAGUGGAUCUGAAAUCCCAGAAAGGUUCAAUUACAGUCAAGGUACCUGCCUCUCUCAAAGCCUAUUUACAGUUGUCUGGAAGAAAAGUAGAUGUGAGCUCAGAGAUCCAGUUAAAAGAAACAGAGAGCGCCUCCAAAGAUGAUCGUGUAACUAUAAGUGGUCACAUGAAUCAAAAGGAUGAAACAGAUAAAUGGAUUAAGGCUGACACACAAAAUGGCAAAGUGUAUCUCAAAAGCCAAAGCUGGAUCCAGUCUAUCAAGCUGAAGGGUUCUUAAAGGUGAAAUAGGCCAAAGAGAUUAAAACAAGAAACUGUAAAGGAACAUUUCUGUAAAAUCAUGAAACUUUGAUGUGUAUUCUUAAUAAAAGAGAGAGACUAUUAAAAAUGAGGGCGUUUUAACACAUCUGGUUUACUUUUAGUGCCUUUUAGGAAUGACAAGAUCUUACAUAUUCAGAAUUUGUGUAACCUGACCCACUUAUUGUGCAGGUAACUUUCAAACAAAAGUUUGGAAUCAUCAUUUAAAAAUAAAAAGCAUUUUCUACAUUUGGUAUGUGAAAAAAAUGAAAAUUUACUUCCAAGAUGGCAUGCUCUGCAAGCUAUUUCAUAUUUUUAAAUUAAAUGUCUCAGUACUGUGGGAGUUCUAUGCAAAAUGCAGAGAAUUUUCUUCCAACUAAAUUAUUUGUAUCAUGGGUAGGAUAAAACCACUUUGAGAACUGUAGUUCUUAUUUGGAUUUCUUGUUUAGUGUUUGACCCCUAAGCAGUUUCUUCCUUGUCAGUGGGUACUCUAUGUUUGAAACUGCUUAUAGGAAAGGACAGACUUCGCUCUGUGUCAUCUGGAACCACUGUUGGUGGACAGAAAUACAAACUCUGGCUAUGUCUACCACUGUUUGUCUGCAAAGAAACACUUUUGAGCAUUUAUUUUAAAAAGCUUAAUGGAUCUGGGUGAUUUCAAGAAGGCACAUGGCACAAACUGGACUUCAAAUGGGAGUCCAUAUGAAUGGUCCCCUAAAGUAAAAGCUGCCAUAGAAUGAAAGUAUUUGCCUAAUAUAUAAGAACUGUAAUCUGCUUAUUUGCUACUUACUGUCAGCCUUCCUGAUGGGACUGUAAGCUCUUCUGAGGCACAAAGGCAGGGGAGGGAGGUGGGGGAAGUGUGUACUUACUACACAACGGUUUGUGUGAUUUCUGUGGAGCAUUUUGUGUUACUGUAAUACAAACACACAGUAAAGUAAAUAGAGCUUUCAGAAGAUUUUCUGUACAUGGAUGUGGCACCUUAUAAAAGUACUGAAAUUUUUGUUUUAAAACUGAAAUGUGAGAAUUCCUGGCAAUGGGGGGAUAGGGAGUAGCAAAGAGUUGUUUAGAAUGUCAGCUAAGGUGUUAAAUUGUGCAUAUGUGUGUAUGUACGUUGCAUCAUAAUGGUACAUUAUGAAGUGAAUUUCUUUCCUGCAGGAUUCCCCAAGGGGUCUAAUAGCACUGGCUAAUGGACUUCAGUAGUUAAGGGCAGCAUUUUUGUUAUAAUUCAGUGUGGUUAAAAACUGUUUCCCAUUGUGUAUACUGUUUGUUUGGAUGAGGUGGGCACUGAUUUGCAUGGCAAAUUAUAUGUAUUUUUAAUAUAAACACUAAUAUAUAAGCAUUGUUAAUAUUAUUACUAUAAGCAGUAUAUUAUUACUAGUAAUUAUUAGUAAUUUCUAUUGUUAAAAGAUACUAAAUUCAUAGAUGCAUAAUGGUUUUAGAUUUCCUGAAAGAGUUUUGGAACUAAUGAUUUUUGUGCACUGCUGCAGACAAAGUGAAAGAACAUCUAAGUUCACACUACAUUGAAAAAUAAAAACAGAGUAGUAGAAAAUUUACAAAAUUGAGUGUACUUAAUGGUUCCAUUAUUCAUUUGGAAUACAAAGCCCUGUGAUUAAGGUUGUGCUUUUUUAGGACUGCUGCAUCAGCAAUUCAAAGGAGAACACAGUAAGAAAACAUUAUUUCUUCCAUCUUCAAAAGAAAUCAAGCAAAGGCAUUCAUAUGCUAAAGCUAGCUGGAAUUAAACAUUAAGAUUAGUAGUUAUUUGCUUAAAGAACUUUAAAUAAGCCAUCAAAAAUUGUUCUAUCACUAAAGUCACUCUGAUUAUAUUCUUUCCAAGCUAAUAAAUUUUAGAAUUUUAAUAUAAAGGUCAAGAAUGAGCCGUAGAAAGUCAAAUCUUUGGGAACUUCCCCAAAGGCAUUUGAGUAAUGUCUUGUUCUUCUAUAAAGAGGUGAGACUUUAUAUUUUUCUCGACACAAGGAAAGAUUAGUGGUUUAUUAAUAAUUUGAUUUGAAUGGCAAAUCCCAUGUGUGCUCAUGGGAGCACAUUUUUUUGUCCAUGUGAGGAGAAGACAUGUUCUUGUAACUAGAGCAAAUCAAUCUAACACUUUUCUGAUCUGUGCUCCUUUCUGUUUGAUUCUACUGACUCCGUCAGCUGCCUGCCAGCCUGCAGUUGAGGUCUGCAAAUGUAAACAUGAGCUCACUGAGAGAGUUGAACUCCAUGUGAAAGGCUUUUGUAAGAAUUAGCACAUUGGGUGCACAAGUGACUUGAGAAUCAUAGAAUCAUCAGGUUAGAAAAGACCUCUUGGAUGGAGCUGUGCUUAAAUGUGCAUGUGUAGUUGUGUAUUUAGGAAUUAGUAGGCACUACGUAUUCACUGUUCUUCAUUGCUCAAGAACGCUGUACUUCAUGAGUACCAGCCAUGUCAAGUGUGAAGUUCUGAGGGAAGUCAGAGUGUUUAUGUCCUUCAUGGCAAACGCACAUAGAGUUAUUUAUUGCUUCCUCUGCAUGGGACUACUUAAACUUUUCCUUAUUAAAAGAUGAAGACGGCUUGAAUCAACAUCUGAAAGUUAGCAGUGUUGUUUCAGUGCGGCUGUCUUGCUUGAAGGCAUACACACUCCUGUGAGAAGGAUUUGCAGUGCUUCCUUACUAAUU